AUGGGAAAAAUUAAGAAAAUAUCUAAUAAUAGUAAUAAAAGCAAAAAAAAAUCAGAAACAGUUAAAAAGAAAAAUAAAAGUAAUAGUGACUCUAAAAAAAAAGAAAAUGAUGUAAAAAAUUUAAAAAGUACUCCACAAUGUUCAAGUGAUGAAAGUGAUGUUUAUUUUUAUAAUGAUAUUCAAAGAUGGAAGAAUACAAUUAAAGUGCCUAUAUGGUUAAAGAAACCAAAGGAUAGAGAAUCUUUAGAUGAAUUUUACAAAAACAUUAUAAAAAAAUUAUUAAGAGUAAAGAAUAAAAUUAGAGCAUAUAAAAUACAAGAAGCAUAUCUAUUAGAUUGUCUACAAAAAUGUAUGAUAGAUUUAAAUUUAAAUUCUGUAAUGUCUACAGAAAAUAUUAAUUGUGAAAUAUAUAAAAAUUUAUUAUAUAAUUUUAAAGAUAAAACGAAUAUAGAAAAUGCACAUAAAGAAAAUAAUGACGAAAUAAAAAAUAAAAAUAUACCAAAUAAAAAUAAUCACGUACUAUUAAAGCCUGAACGAAAUUUUAUAAGUGGAAUUGACAAUACAAUGUAUAGUGAUAAUAAUAAUAAUAAUAGGGAAGAUGGUAAUAAUUCUGGAAGUAGUAAUACGAUAAAUGAUAGUACGAAUACAAUAAAUGAGAGUACCAACACAAUAAAUGAAAGUACCAACACAAUAAAUGAAAGUAAUGACACACUUAAUAGUAGUAAUAAAACGAAAAGUUGCAAUAAUAAUAAUAAUAAUAACAUUUUUGUCAGUAAUAGUAUUAGCAAUUGUAGUGAAGUUAAUAAAAACUAUACUAGCAGUAGCUUUUAUAGUGUUAAUAAUUAUGAUACUAAGGAUGAGGAAGAAAAUUUUAUUAAUACCAAAAAAGAUAAUAUUAAGGAUAACCAUACAAAUACCUGCUUAAAAUGCUUAAAAGAAGAAAAAAUGAGAGAUAUGGUAGAACAUAUAAAAAAUUCGUUAUUUAAAGAAGAAGAGAAAAGAAAAAAAAGUGUAAUGGAUGAUGUUUUUAAUAAAGUAAUAAUUCCUGGUGGAUUUUUUGAAAAUAAUAAUUUUUGUCCUAUAUUCUUGAAACUUUUAAAAAUAGAUAUAUAUAAUACAUGUUACACUGUAGAUACUAAGGUAAAUUCCAAAUUAAUGAAUUUAUUUAAUGUAUUAAAUAAUUUUAAUGAAAAUAAUAAAAUCGAUAAAAACAAAAAUGUAGACAAAGAAAAAGAUGAAUUUUUAAAUACCAAAUGCAAAAGUCCAAACAAAUAUAAAUCAAACAUAGAUGAUAUAUUUUUUUUCAAAGAACAAAGUUCAUUAUAUAAAUUAUCACAAUAUUGUAUAGAAAAACAAGUUAUCAAAAAUAAUGAAGUUACUUCUUUUGAUACAGUUUAUAUAUACAAUGAAAAAAAAGUUGAUGAUAAGGAACAUAUCCAUGACGAAAAUAAAAAAAAUUCAAGUGAUGAUUAUAAAAAUAAUACAAAGUUUAAGUAUGUUUUAGACGAUGUACAAAAGGAUAAUCCUUCAUUGCAUUAUAUUAAUGACAAAAAGGAUAUUAUAAAUAAUGAUAAAUGUAAUAAUGAUGAAUCUCAACCACUUGUUGAUUAUAAUAAAGAUGUUAUAAAUAAUCCUAGUGUAGAGAAUUAUACUUCAAAUGAAAAUAAUAUCGAACCAUAUGAUAACACUGUUAAGUCUUAUCAUACCUUGAAAAACCAGACGACAAAUGAAAGUAGUAUAUCUAAGAAUAAUAAGGUAGAUAGUCAUACUGUUAUAAAUUUAUGUGAAACUAUAGAUGAUAGAGAAGUAUAUGAAAUAUCGAGUUGUUAUAAUGAAAACGAUGAUACAAAUAAAUCCCAUUUUGAUAUAAUAAAUGAUUAUAAUUAUGAUCAUGAAAAAAAAGAAAAAGAAAAAAACAUGUACCAUAGUAAAGUAAAUCUUUUGAAUGAUAAGGAAGCAAAUAUAUCAGAUAUUGUAUUGGAAAAGGACCCCAUUAUAUAUGAUAAUAUAAACAUAAUAAAUGAAAAAGAAAAUAAUUUAAUAAAUAAUAAUAAUAAUAACAAUAAUAAUGAUAAUAACAAUAAUAAUAACAAUAAUAAUAACAAUAAUAAUGAUAAUAAUGAUAACAAUAAUAAUGAUAAUAAUGAUAACAAUAAUAACAAUAAUAAUAAUAAAAAUUGUGAAAAAAAAUGUAAUAUUCCAUGUAACCAUAUUAAUGAAAAUACCCUUUUCACUGAUUCAUCAAAAGAGGAAAAUAAUUUUAAGGGGGAAUCAUAUGAACAAAUUGAUUCCUUGAAUUGGGAAUAUUCAUAUGAUUCAAAUAAUUUAAACAAUAGUAAUAAUCAUUAUAAGGAAAUUAAUAACAAAAGUGAUUCUAUUUAUAAUAGGAAAAGACACAGCGGAAGUGAUAUAUAUAAUAAAAAAUAUUUUGAAGAAGAUAUUUUUGAAAAUAAUUCAAACGAAGAUAAUAUUUUUAAAAGAAAAAAAGCAAACAAUGAUAAUAUUUUAGAAGAGAAGAAAAAUCAAAGAAGUGAUUCAGAGGAAAAUAGUUAUUUAAAACAUAUAAAAAAUAAACCUAAUAAUUCCUUGCGCUUUAGUAGUAAUGAUAGAAAGAGCUAUAAUGACAUGUUUAUUUCAAGUAGUAAUAAUAAUGAUCAUAGUGAUGAUAGAAAUAAGAAUAAUUGUGAGAAAAUAAAAUGUGGGAAUGUUGAAUAUAAUAGCUGUGACGAUAAAAAAAAUCAAGUCAAUAGUAAUGAGAAGAAUAUAAAAAAUAAUAGUAAACAGCAUUUAAAUAAUGAAUAUGAAAAGUUCAAGUUAAAUGUUGAUGAUGUGAAUAAUAUGAAUGAAAAUGUUAAUAUUUUGAAGUUAACUAAAGAAAAAACAACAAUCAGUUUUACAUCUUGUGAAGAUAGUAAUAAAAGUAUUAUUAUGAAUAAAAAUAAAAUAAAUAAUGAAAAGAAUAUUUUAAAUGAAGAAAAAGAAAAUAUUUGUAAAUAUAAUAAAAGUUUAUUUGAUAGUGAUGAUGAUCAAAUAAAACAUGUAACUAAUAGAAAUAAAGAAGAAGAAAACAAGAUAGAUAAAAAUAUUGAGUCUGCGUUAUUUCAUUUUUGUGAUAAUGAUAAUAUAAACAGUAUGAAUAAAAAUAAUAAUAAUACUGGGAAUUCUAAAUUAAUUGAAAAGGAUAAAUAUAAUAAUAAUAAUAAUAUUGAUAGUAAUAUCCAUAAUAAUAAUAUUAAUAAUGAUGAUGAUGUUAUAAUAAUUGAUGAAGAUAGUGAUUUUACAUUAAACGUAAACGAAAAACAAGAUUAUAAUAAAUGUUGUAAUAAAGAUGAAAUGAGAAAAGAUACAAUUUUAGUACAUAAUAAUAUUUCAAAAAGUAAUGAUAAAUUGAAAAAUGGAUUAACAGCUAUGAGUAUGAAUUUAUUUGAUGAUUCGUCAGAUAAUGAUUCUGUUAAUUCUUAUGAUGAUAAGAAUAUAAAUGUUUUAAAUGAAACAUAUUCAAAUAAAUAUUAUCAUACCAAUGAAAAAGAAAAUCCAUAUGGUAAAAUGAAAGAUCAUAUUUAUGAAGAAUUAAAAGGGAACGAAAACAAAAAUUAUAAAAUAAAUGAUAAAUAUGUAGUAGAUAAAAAUUUAAAUGAAGUAUCCAUUUUAAACAUUGACUUAAAUAAAGCUCACAAUGCAGUUCUCGAAGGGCUCAUGGAUUUAUUCGGUUUAAAAAGUAACAGAUUAUCUAGGAAAAUAAUUGUUAAUGAAUUAAUAAUAAUACAAGACUAUUUAAGACAAAAACAUGAUCAAUUUAUAAAUUCUGAUAAUCUAGAAGAAGAACAUAUAUUGGAUAACUUAUCGAAUGUUAAGGAAAAUUAUAUCACAGAGAAUGAUAGUAUAUUUAAGGAUACUAUAGUUGAACAGGAAAAUAUUAAUAAAAAUAAUGAUGAUAAUCACUAUAAUGGAAGUGUUACAAAUAAAAAUAAUGAUGAUCAUAAAAAUGGAAGUAGUGAUAAUAAUAUUAUUUGUAUAGAUUUAUUAGAUACUGAAAAAGAAUAUAAAUCAGAUUGCGAUAUGCAGUCAUUUCCUUUUAAUAACAAAUGGUUUGAUAACGAUUUGUUAAAUAGAGAAACGGAUAAAUUACAAGAGGAUUAUAUAAAUCAUAUGCAUAAUAAAAUAAAACAAAUGGAAUUAAAACUUUUAUUUGAAAGAAUAGAUGAAGCUAUUAAAAUUAAUGAUAUUAUAUACAAAAAUGUAUAUGAAGAAAAAAAAGUUGAAUAUAGUAUUUUCAAAAAACAUCUUGUAGACUGUAAAUUAAACGUUAAUAAGGAAAUUAUCAUGUCUUAUUCAAAGGAUAAAAAUAUAGAAAUUAUAUCCAAGAAAAAAUAUAUUUCAAAUUAA